AUGGCGAGCAUUGACGUGCUCACAACCAGGUUUCACUCAUAUGACAAAAUGUACAGUCAUGAUUUACGUAAGCACAGUUUUGUAGACUGGCCAUUUAGAGAAGAAUGUAACUGCACACCUGAAAAGAUGGCCAAAGCUGGAUUUGUCCACUGCCCCAGUGAGAAUGAGCCAGAUGUUGCCUCCUGCUUCUUCUGUAUGAUCGAGCUUGAGGGUUGGGAGCCAGAUGACGAUCCCUGGUCAGAACAUGUGAAACGCUCCCCUAACUGUGGCUUCUUAACCAUGAAGAAAGACUUCACUGAGCUAACUGUGGCUGAAUUCUGUCACCUGGAAAAAGAGAGGCUAAAAGUUUAUAUUAAAAAGGUCUGUCACAAGAAGAUGGCUUAUAUGAGGGAGGCUGUUGACCACACACUUGAGGUGCUUAAAUCUCAGUUGGACUCCAUAUGAUUCUAUUUA